AUGUUUGAUUCGGAGAAACCUCAUCCCAUACUGGCGCAGAUUCCGUUGACGGUCUCGCCGUUCAUUUCUCUGCCUACAGCGACUACCCUGCCAUAUACAUACAAGUCGAUUCCCUCUUCUCUCCCGCCGUCUGUCACAGUUGACGCCAGCGGCUCAGAGAAACCAAAAUAUGUCGUCUCGUCCAGUGGCCAUGCCGCUCACCCGGCUGAUAUACUCGCAACAUGUCAGGCACUGGCGGACCACAUGAAGAAGAGACAGUCAGAGGGAGAGGCUGCUAUUAAGGAGUGGGAGGAGUCUAUCAAGCAACGAGACUUGGCUGAGAAGCGUCGAGUUGCUCCUGGGUGGCUGGACCGGGAAGAGAAGCUACUACAACCAACCCACACGUCCGGACAAGGACAUGCUUCAGCCGGGGCACAUCAGAGUCUACUUGACCGGCCGGUAGCUGAUCAAACAAACAAAGAUACUUCUCCAGCCAUGGAACCAAGGAGUGAAGGCAUUGAACUUGACCGUGCAUUUGGUGGACUUGGACUGAAAUAA